GUACUUCGGCACUAUCGGCAUUGGAACCCCUGCCCAGAAUUUCACCGUCGUCUUUGACACCGGAUCCUCCAACCUGUGGGUGCCCUCAGUCUACUGCUCCAGUCUCGCCUGCAUGGACCACAACCUCUUCAACCCUCAGGAUUCCUCCACAUACCGGGCCACCAGCAAGACACUCUCCAUCACCUACGGCACCGGCAGCAUGACAGGCAUCCUCGGAUAUGACACUGUCAAGGUUGGAGGCAUCUCGGACACCAAUCAGAUCUUCGGCUUGAGCGAGACCGAACCCGGCUCCUUCCUGUAUUAUGCUCCCUUCGACGGCAUCCUGGGGCUGGCGUACCCCAGCAUUUCCUCCUCCGGGGCCACACCCGUAUUUGACAACAUCUGGAACCAGGGCCUGGUUUCUCAGGACCUCUUCUCUGUCUACCUGAGCGCCGAUGACCAGAGUGGCAGCGUGGUGAUAUUUGGUGGCAUUGACUCUUCUUACUACACUGGAAGUCUGAACUGGGUGCCUGUUUCUGUCGAGGGUUACUGGCAGAUCUCCGUGGACAGCAUCACCAUGAACGGAGAGGCCAUCGCCUGCGCUGAGGGCUGCCAGGCCAUUGUUGACACCGGCACCUCUCUGCUGACCGGCCCAACCAGCCCCAUUGCCAACAUCCAGAGCGACAUCGGAGCCAGCGAGAACUCAGACGGCGAGAUGGUAGUCAGCUGCUCAGCCAUCAGCAGCCUGCCCGACAUCGUCUUCACCAUCAACGGAGUCCAGUACCCUUUGCCACCCAGUGCCUACAUCCUGCAGGUGAGGGGGCUCUGGACCAUCCACUAGAGGGGCUCACACAGA